UUUGUAUUAUUUUUCCCUAUGAUCGGACCUCCCUAAAAAUAAAUAUUAGGGAUGGGAAGGGUUGUGAACAAGGCCGUCGGGUUUUGAUGAGUUUUCGAUUUUUUGGAUUUUGGGUCAAAAAAUGUUCGGAUUUUGGGGAACAAUGCUUAUCAUUGAAUGAAACCCGCCCCAUCACUUUUAGGGAGGAAGGGUUGAGAACAAGGUCAAGUCGUCGGGUUUCCGAUCGAGUUUUCGAUUUUUUGGAUUUUGGGUCAAAAAAUUGUGGGUUUCGGGGAACUCGGCUCAUCACUGAUACGUAAUUUGCCUGAAAAAUCGUACCUUACAGUUGUCGGAGGUAUCGCCUAGUCUCUCUAUACUCAGCUCUCCAUACUCAGGGCUGUUUAUCCAUACCUGCAUCCAUCUGAUUUUAUAAUAACACUGCAAAUCCUUCUGAAUCGGGAUAUAUC